UGUGUCCCGCCAUGUAGCGCGCUGCCGCCGCCGCCUCCGCUCUGGUUCGGUUCCAGCGCCCGGGAUGGGGGCCCGGCUCCCGUCCCGACAGGGGGGCCCCCGGCCAUGAGGGGAGCCCGGUACCUGCCGCUGCCAGCGACCGCGCCGCUCGGGGAGUGGGGGCUCCGCCUCGCUCACUGCUAUGGACAGUACGAUCACCUUGUGGCAGUUCCUCCUCCAACUCCUCCAGGAACCUCAGAACAAACACAUCAUCUGUUGGACCUCCAACGACGGGGAGUUCAAAUUGCUGCAGGCAGAGGAGGUGGCCCGGCUUUGGGGAAUCCGCAAGAACAAGCCCAGCAUGAACUAUGACAAACUCAGCCGUGCUCUCAGAUACUACUAUGUGAAGAAUAUCAUCAAAAAAGUGAAUGGUCAGAAGUUUGUGUACAAGUUUGUUUCUUAUCCGGAGAUUUUGAAUAUUGCUCCACUGAUGGUGGGCAGGAUUGAGGGAGACCCAGUGAUGGCUGGCUUUGCAGAAGUCAGCAGUACUCCGAAGGACCUGGAAAACGGCGUGAAAGAGAAGCCCCAGACCUGUGCUAAAUCAUCCGGCCGCAAUGACUAUAUCCAUUCAGGCCUGUACUCUUCCUUUACUCUGAACUCCCUGAACUCCUCCGGUGUGAAGCUCUUCAGGUCGGUCAAGAUUGAGAAUCCAGCUGAGAAACUGGUGGAGAAAAAACCUGCUCAGGAUCUGACACCUUCAGUCAUAAAGUUUGUGACCAUGCCCUCCAAAAGGCCUGCAGCUGCACCCCUUGCCUCGGCCACUUCAAUUGUCUCCACGCUUCCUACAGAAUCAGAAGAAGCUCUCCAGACCUUGGAGACUCUAGUUCCACCAAAAUUAACUCUCACCGAAGCUCCAGCCCCUUUGCCAAACUUCACCGCCACCUUCACCCCAACACCACCUGUAUCUUCCAUUUCUCCCACUCUGGAGGUUCCUUCCACACCCCCUUCACCACCCGUGAGUUCUAACCCUGACCUGGACAUUGACACGGACAUAGAGUCGGUGGCUUCUCAGCAGUUGGAGCAGUCUCAGAACCCUCACCACCUAUCACCAGAGCCCAGAGAGCACGAUUUAUCUCUGCUAGAGAAGGAUCUUGCCAAUCACCUCUCCAGAGCUAAAAAACCGAAAGGGCUGGAGCUAGCUCCCACUCUUGUCAUUACAGGCAGUGAUCCAAGCCCACUGGGGAUACUAAGCCCUUCUCUCCCUACUGCUUCUCUUACUCCAGCGUUUUUUUCACAGACUCCCAUCUUGCUGACCCCAAGCCCCUUGUUCUCAAGUAUUCACUUCUGGAGCACGCUCAGUCCAGUAGCUCCGCUCAGUCCAGCAAGAUUGCAAGGUGCUAACACCCUUUUUCAGUUUCCAUCAGUACUGAGCAGCCAUGGGCCAUUUACUCUGUCGGGACUGGAUGGACCCUCCACCCCUGGACCGUUUUCCCCUGAUCUGCAGAAGACAUAGCACAUGAACUCCUGGAAAGGACAAAUUGGGGAACAAUGGAAAGAGAUGACAUUAAAUGUAAUCCAUUUUUAAAUGAGCAAUUUAUAAUUCCACCCACAUCAUGAACGGUCAUAAUUUUUGCCAUUCCCAGUUCAAAUGCCUUUUUGCAAAAUUCCCUCUUUUGAAGACUAAAUUGGGAAUGCACAUGGAAACGCCUUAAUUGGAGUCCAGGCUCCACAGUCUUUUCUUUGCCUCCUUGGUUAAGAAGUCUCUUAAAGGGAGUUUCUGGUGGAAUGCAGUGACUGAGUUUGUAUUGAUUGCAGCAAAACAAUAUCUAAGAAGUCUCUCCUCUCUCACUCUGACACCUCCAUUCUUCUGCUUCCUGUGCUGGGCAUGAAGAAAAUGAAUCAUGAUUGAAGCUGGCAUUCCAAGAAAAGGGUUUGAGUGCAGCUUUGCCCUGGGGCUAAUGGUAACUUCUCCUGCAACAACAAAACAGCGAAUGUCUCAUGCUAUAAAAACAUCUAAACUUUUUGCAGGGAGACAUUUUUAAGGAGUACUUAUGGUGGUAUAGGUGAAAAGCAGACCAUUGUUUGGAUAGUGUUGCACACAGGUAAUCUAUCAGUUAAAUUCCCCUCCUUGAAAGGGGGGGUGGAGAGUUCCCAGAGGCUACUUGUAAUAUUGUGAGCAGGCAGGGCUCUGAG